AUGCAAUUGCCGGUGGGUUUCAAAGCACCUAAAUUUACCAAGUAUGACGGAACUGGCAAUCCCAAGACCCACCUUCGGAUGUUUGCAAACACGUUGGGGAGACCAAUAGACGAUGAAAACCUGCCUGUGCGCUUAUUUCCCGAGAGUCUGGAAGGUGACGCCUUAGAUUGGUACGCCAAUUUGAAACCUGAGGAUAUGAGAUCUUGGAUGGAUUUAUCGACUGUUUUUGUGAGGCAGUAUGAAUAUAAUUGUGAGCUCGCUCCGAUGAGGACCACGUUGGAGGGAACCAAGAGGAAACCAUCGGAGGACCAUAAGACGUAUGCGAAAAGAUGGAGGAAGCUGGCUGCCAGGGUGGAGCCUCCCAUGACCGAAAAUGAAAUUGUUCGCACGUUCAUUAAAGCUCAUGACCCGCCCUACUUUGAAGAGAUUUUUCGUAUGACUGGGUUUUCCUUUGCUGAGAUUGUCAACAAAUUGGAAGAGUAUGACGAGUUUAUGAAGGCAGGCAACAUUGUUAAUGUUUCAGCUUUAAAGUCGCAAUUGGAAGCUAUGCAAAGCCAAAACAGCAGCAGUAAAAAGUCUCAGUUUAAGAAGAAAGACGAGGAAGCUUCAUUUGUUUGGAACCAAGGUUCUUCUUCCCGGCCUACAUACCAACGAAAUCCCGCCUACUCACCUCAUUACCUAUACCAACCAUGCCCUCGACCUGUCUACAAUACCACAAUCAACCACCCCCGUCCUCGACCAAAUUACCCAAACACACCGUCAACGCCAUUUCACAUUUCCCCACCAAACUUCCAAAUUAGACCGCGUCCUCCUUUCAAUCCAAGACCCAUGCCACCCCCUAACCCAAAUUAUCAAUACCAACAAGCCAGUGACACCCAAAAUCCAACCCCAUACCGAACCUUUACCAAUCUAGGUCGGCCUGUUGACCAGUUACAUGAGCAAUUGAAAGCUGCUGGGAAGAUUGGUACGGUACCCCCUAAGACCUAUUCCAAAGGAUUCCCUAUUGGUUAUGAUCCUCAGUCAUUUUGUGCUUAUCAUUCGGGAGCCCCUGGACAUUCAACUGCCAAUUGCUGGGCGCUUAAGUAUAAAAUUCAAGACAUGAUUGAGUCCGGAGACAUAGUCUUGAGGAGGAGGGAGGAACAAGGUCCAAAUGUUAGCACAAAUCCUCUUCCUACACACAAGGACACCGUGGGAGUUAUUACUAUUAAUGAAGAGAUUGAGGAACCUGCACAAUUCAUUGUAGACGAAGCCGAGAUAAUGGGAGUUAUCGGAGAACCAUUCAUACUGGAGGGGGAAGCCUAUGAAGUCAAGGAAAAUACCGAUCCGUUUAUUCUGAAAAUGGUGCCUUUCGAAUGUGAGCCUUCGGAGCUUGUGGUACUUGAAUUGCCUGAGCAACCUCCUAUUCUUAAUCUACAAGAGGUCCCGUGGAAUUAUAGCGAGUCCACGCUAUUAAUUAGAGGAGAAAAGGUGCCCAGAAGGGAAGUGGACGCCAUUACUAGAUCUGGAAGAAUCAUAGGGGAACCCGCAGUUGAUGAGCCCUCAAAAGCGAAAGAAAAUGCUGUUCCGACAAGACCAAUUGUGACUGAUGAAGAGGCCUUCAAUUUCCUUAAGAUGCUGAAGAAAAGUGAGUAUAAGGUGGUCGAGCAAUUGGACAAGUUGCCCGCUCAAAUUUCUAUAUUGAAUUUGCUUCUGACCUCGGAACUUCAUCGAGAAGCUUUACUCAAGGUCCUAACUGAGGCUCAAGUGCCUAAGAAUAUUCCUGUGGAUAAAUUCACUCAUGUAGUUGAACAUGUUUUGGCUUCAAAUCAAAUUUCUUUUUCUGAUGAAGAUUUGACAUCGGAGGAAUCAAUGGGGGAAGUGGAUUUGGUGCUGGAAAUCGGACCUGCCCAGUUUCAAGUUACGUGCCAAGUCAUGGACUUCUCGAGUGUUUAUAAUAUUCUUCUCGGGCGACCUUGGAUUCAUACUUCAGGCGCUAUACCUUCUUCACUCCAUCAAAUGCUGAGAUUUGUGGUGAAUGGCCAGUUGAUUACGAUAUUUGCUGAGGAAGAUUGCACUAUGAUCAUCAAUCCUGCAUCGGAAGAUGAUGGCGAUAGAAAGGCUCUGGUUUCCCCUCACCAUGUAGCUGACAUUGUUUCAGUGGGUAGGGCAUCCAAGGACAAGGCGGUAGUAGAAAUGAAUUUACCUGAAGCCAGCGUUAUGAUGGCCAAAGAGCUGAUUCGAGGAGGUUAUGAAAUAGGCAAGGGCCUUGGGCGUCACCUACAAGGGGUCUUGGAGCCAAUAGAACUUCAAGAAAAAAAAGAUACUUUCGGAUUAGGGUUUCAACCUACUGCCAAGGAAAAGAAAGAAAUGAUGAAUCGUAGGAGGGCAGAGAAGGAAGGGAGGCAGCUUAUCAUGAACAUCCCACCAUUAUACUGUACUUUUCCUUACCCAUCAGAGGUGAUUAGAUAUGAAGUAGACCCGAUCGAGGAAGUGGAGGUUGGAUUAUCUGAGCUAUUUGUGGGGGUUAUUUCUGAAGGGGAGCCGUUGGAGGAUCCAGGAUUUCCAGAGGUGCCUAUUGAAGCAAUGAAGAACUGGACCAACGAGAGCGAUAACGGGGAAGAAUCUGAGUCUUUAUUAAAGGAUUUUGAACAGUAUGAGGAGAAAUCCAAACCGAACUUAGAAGAAACAGAAGUUGUUAAUAUUGACACUGAGACUGAGGUUAAGGAGAUAAAAAUUAGCAUUCACUUGAAUAAGAAACAGAGAAAAGAAAUGAUUGAGUUUUUGACCAUGUUUCAAGAUGUGUUUGCUUGGUCCUAUAAUGAUAUGCCUGGAAUUUCAACAGAUAUAGUGGUCCAUCGAUUGCCAACCGAUCCGAAUUUUUCACCAGUGAAACAAAAACCUGGCAAGUUUAAGCCAGACAUGAGCCUCAAAAUUAAGGAGCAAAUCGAGAAGCAGCUCAAUGCUAGAAUCAUUAUGGUGUCUCAUUAUCCCAUUUGGCUUUCAAACCCUGUACCUGUUCCAAAGAAAAGUGGAGAAGUGCGAGUCUGUGUCGAUUACAGGGAUCUUAAUAAAGCCAGCCCGAAAGAUGAUUUUCCGUUGCCAAACAUUCAUAUUCUUCUGGACAAUACCGCAGGGCAUGAGAUUGAAUCAUUUGCUGACUGUUUCGCUGGGUAUCACCAGAUCUUAAUGGCAGAGGAAGAUAGGGAGAAAACUGCUUUCAUCACGCCAUGGGGGACAUUUUGCUACCGAGUAAUGCCGUUUGGAUUGAAAAAUGCCGGCGCCACUUAUCAAAGGACUAUGACCACCCUGUUCCACGAUAUGAUUCAUAAGGAGAUGGAGGUUUAUGUAGACGAUAUCAUUAUCAAAUCCAAGAGAGCGGAGGAUCACUUGAUUGACUUGGAAAGGUUUGAAAGAUUGAGAAAAUAUGAUCUGAAACUAAACCCUGCAAAGUGUGCAUUCGGGGCCCCUGCUGGAAAGUUAUUGGGAUUCAUUGUCAGUAAGAAGGGUAUUGAGAUAGAUCCGACAAAGAUUAAAGCCAUUCGUGAAAUGCCAGUACCAAGAACGCAAAAGGACGUAAAGAGUUUUUUAGGGAAGAUUAAUUUUAUCGGGAGGUUCAUCGCUCAGUUGACCCAUACGUGUGAGUCUUUGUUCAAAUUAUUGAAGAAAAAUGUGCCAUUGCGUUGGAGUGGAGAAUGCCAGCAGGCGUUUGAUAAGAUCAAGGACUAUUUAUUGCACCCUCCAGUUUUAGUACCACCUAAACCUGGACGACCUUUGAUCAUGUAUCUAUCGGUGUUGGACGAAGCUAUGGGGUGUGUAUUGGGACAACACGACGAAUCGGGGAAGAGGGAGCAAGCCAUCUAUUACCUCAGUAAGAAGUUCACUGCGUAUGAAGCCAACUAUUCUUUUCUGGAAAGGAGUUGCUGCGCUUUAGCUUGGGCCGCACAAAAGUUGAGGCAUUACUUGCUCAGUCAUACUACUUACCUCAUUUCCCGCUUCGACCCUUUGAAAUAUCUGUUGGGAAAGCCUAUGCCGACAGGACGUAUGGCAAAAUGGCAGAUGAUUCUUUCGGAGUUUGAUAUUAUUUUUACCACGCAGAAGGCUAUCAAGGGCCUGGCUGUGGCCGAUCAUUUGGUUGAAAAUCCGUUGAAAGAUGAUUAUCAACCGCUUCACACUUAUUUUCCGGAUGAGGAGGCCCUGUUCGUGGGUAUAGCAGAAGAUAUGAAUGAUCAAUGCCCGGAGUGGAGGUUGUUCUUUGACGGAAAGCAUUACCCUGGUUCGGCCAAGCUCCGAUUUUUCUGUACCAACAAUAUGGCUGAAUAUGAAGCUUGCAUUUUUGGGUUAAAAAUGGCGUUAGAAAUGGAGAUUAAGGAUUUACUAGUGUUCAGCGAUUCAGAUUUGCUUGUACAUCAGACUCUCAAGGAGUGGAUCACUCGGGAUUCAAAGAUCUUGCCCUAUCAUUGCAGCUUACUGGAGUUAGCAAAUAAAUUUAGGAGUUUGGAGUUUCGGCAUAUUCCCCGUGUCAGAAAUGUCUUUGCCGAUGCAUUGGCCACUUUAUCUUCAAUGAUUCAACAUCCGGAUGAGUUGGUAAUUGACCCUAUCCAGAUUCAUCUACAAGAAAAGCCUGCUCACUGCCUAGUUGUGGAAAGGUCUUCCGAUGGCCGCCCCUGGUACAACGAUAUCAAGGAAUUUCUCAAAACAGGAUCCUAUCCCCCUGGGACCGAUACAACUGCUAAGGGCUUCUUGCGCAGAUUGUCUUCCAGAUUUUUCCUAAACGGAGAGGUUGUAUACAAGAGGACGUCAGAUUUGGGCCUUCUAAGGUGUGUUGAUGAAGAUGAAGCAGAAUACCUAAUGAAAGAAGUACAUAGUGGAGUGUGCGGAUCACAUAUGAAUGGCCAUUUAUUAGCAAAGAAGAUCAUGAGGACCGGAUAUUUUUGUAUGACUGCUCCCUGGCCAUGUUCGAUGUGGGGUAUGGAUGUAAUCGGAGCAAUUGACCCUCCCGCUUCAAAUGGGCAUCGGUUCAUUCUGGUGGCAAUUGAAUACUUCACCAAGUGGGUCGAAGCUGAAUCUUAUAAGCAUGUGACUAAGAAGGUGGUGACGGACUUUCUAAGAAAGCACAUCAUUUGUCGUUUUGGAAUACCAGAGACAUUAAUCACUGACAAUGCCAAGAAUCUCAACAAUGAUAUGGUAGAUGGAUUGUGUGAAUAGUUCAAAAUCAGGCAUAGGAAUUCCUCUAUUUAUAGACCACAGAUGAAUGGAGCUGUUGAGGCCGCGAAUAAGAACUUGAAGAAGGUACUCAUGUAUGGGAUGGAAGCAGUGCUGCCAGUCGAGGUCGAAAUCCCUUCAUUACGCAUUUUAAUGGAGGCCAAGCUAGAUGAGGCUGAUUGGAUUAGACAACGUCACGAGCAGUUAUCUUUAAUUGAUGAAAAAAGAUUAAAUGCCAUUUGUCAUGGUCAAUGCUAUCAAAAAAGGGUAGCCCGUGCUUACAAUAAGAAGGUCCGACCACGGAUAUUCACAGAAGGAGAUAAGGUGUUGAAACACAUUUUGCCAGUACAAGAGGAAGCUAAGGGGAAAUUUGCACCAAAUUGGCAAGGCCCUUUUAUUGUCCAGAAAGUUUUACCCGGAGGAGCACUCAUUCUCGCAGAAAUGGAUGGGCAAGUGUUCCCUCAACCAAUCAAUUCGGAUAUGUGUAAGAAAUUUUUCAUAUGA